AUUUAUUAUUCAAUUCGUUAUGUUUAAUUUGAAGUGAGUUUAAAUUUAAAGUUAUUUGACAAUUAUAAUUAAAAGUUUUCAUUUUGUUAACGAUUUUCUGUAUUAUUCACUUAGUUUUUACACAUAAAAUGGUAUAAGAUACAAAAUAUUAAUAAAAGGUUAAUUAAAAAUAUACAAAUAAAAAUGCCUCCAAAGUCAACUGAUAAAAAAGCGCCAAACAAAAAAGGGGCAAAUGGCUAUAAACUACCAGAUCCAAUACCUGCUGGCGAGGUACUUACCGAUAUUGCUAAGAAACAAUGGAUAAUUGGGCCGUCAAUCGGAGUUGGAGGCUUUGGCGAAAUUUAUUCAGCAUCAGUACAUAAACCAGGCACAAAAACAUCUUAUAAUUAUGUUGUUAAAAUUGAGCCUCAUGGAAAUGGGCCUUUAUUUGUUGAAAUGCACUUUUAUAUGCGAAAUGCUAAAUCUAGUGAUAUUGAUGCCUGGAUAAAGAAAAAGAAUCUUCCAUAUUUGGGAAUGCCGCGAUAUAUAGGAUCAGGAUCACAUGAAUGCAAAGGUCAGAAAUAUAGAUUCGUUGUUAUGGAAAGAUUUGGUAAAGAUUUAUGGUCUUUAUUUUUGGAAUCCGAACGCGUUUUCCCAGUCGCAACAGUAUUUCGUAUUGCACAUCAAGUACUAAAUGUUUUGGAAUAUAUUCAUAGUCGAGGAUACGUACACGCAGAUAUCAAAGGAGCAAAUAUACUUAUGGAUAUAGAUGCUAAAUUACAAUAUCAAACGUACUUAGUUGAUUUCGGGCUUGCAUCUCAUUUUACUACGAAAGAUUUCAAACCCGAUCCUAAAAAAGCACACAAUGGUACAAUUGAAUAUACAAGUCGAGAUGCUCACCAUGGAGUGUUAACACGACGAGGAGACAUUGAAAUUUUGGCAUAUAAUUUAUUACAAUGGUUAGGGAAUAAAUUACCCUGGGAGGAAAACUUAAAGGAUCCUGUAAAUGUUCAAAAACGUAAGGAAGAAUUUAUGAGCAGUAUAAAUAAUCUAAAAUCAACAUUUAAAAAUUUACCAGUUGAACUCAUAAAACUAUUUGAGUAUGUCAUAGCAAUGAAAUAUGAUACUGAACCGGAUUACGAAAAAUUAUCAGAUAUUUUUCAGAAAGGUUACAGUAAAAAUGCGGAAUCUAUGGACGGUGAUCUCCUAUUCAUGACACCGCCAGUACCAAAAACUAAAAGAGCAAAAAAGCCAACGCCAUCUCAAAAAGCAGAAAAAUAUGAAACUAGUACUCCUAAAGAAGAUACAACACCACCUAAACGCAAAAUUCGUACUCCUAAAAGUGCCACUAAAAAACCAACAAGUGCUACCAAAAAAGAUCCCUCAAAAGAAUUAACACCACAAUUAAAUAAAAUUACAUUUGACUUAGCUGACUUGUCCGGUUCCGAUGAUAAUUACGAACCACCGGAAUCAUUGAAACGUCAAGCCAAUGCUAAACAAUCUCGAAAUCAUUUGAAACGUGUACAAACUGAUGAGAAAACUCCAACCAAAAAAAUUGAAAAAAGUCGUCGAAUAAAAAGUGAUGACGAUAUUGAUGAACCAAAUGAAGAUCUCAAGAAAGUAACCAGAACUAGGUUAAAACGAGCACAAAGUGUUGACCAACCAGAAAAACUUGACUUGUCCGAUUUCGAUGAUAAUUGCGAACCACUGGAAUCAGUGAAACGUCAAACCAAUGCUAAACAGUCUCGAAAUCAUUUGAAACAUGUACAAAGUGAUGACAAAACUCCAACCAAAAUAAUUGAAAAAAGUCGUCGAGUAAAAAGUGAUGACGAUAUUGAGGAACCGGAUGAAGAUCUCCAGAAAGUAACCAGAACUAGGUUAAAACGAGCACAAAGUGUCGACCAACCAGAAAAACUUGAACCCUCGCCUAGAUUACGUAAACGUAUUGAACCAAAAAAAGAAACUAACAAAGUAAAACAAUUAUUAAAGUCUAAAAUGAAUUCAUCAGAUGCGGAAAAUAAGGAUAGUACAAUAGAAGUUGAAAAAAGUGAUUCGGAUAUCUUCCUUUCAUUUACAGAAGAAACUAAUGCGUCGUUAGAAGAUUCACCCUUGAUUGUCAAUCGUCGUCGAAGUUCAAGUCGAUUUCAUCCGAAAAAUAUAUCAUCAUCACCAGUGAAAACAUCCUUGUCAGAUGAUUCACCAAAAAAGACGUCUAAACGAAAAGUAUUAACUACUACAGUAGAUAAAAAUGAAAUUUUGAAAAAAACCAGAAGUGGUCAAAAGAAAGCUGCGGUCGAUUGGAAGAGCUUUCCAACAAUACAAAAUGGAAGAACAGUUUCGAAAUGAACAAGUGUAAUUAUAAGUUCUCUAGAAAAUCAAGCGCGAGCAAAAUUUCGUACGAAUUAAAUUUCCAAAAAUUGUAUAUUAUCAAAACUUUUAAAAUGAUUGUGUUAAGAAUUAUAGAUAGUAAUCAUAAUUUAGUUUAACGCUUAGGCAUGAUGCGUUAAGUACUUAAAAAACAAAGAAUGUGUGUUAAUAUAUAUGGUGUGUGUUACUCCGAACAUACAGUAUGUUUUUUUAAGAGAAAUAAAUUUGCUUCAAGCAGAAAAUUUUGGGUGUAUAUGAGCACAUCUUACGCAGGCAUUAAACUUAACCUAUGUUUUCAAGUACAAUGAAGAGCUCACUCUACGCCAUAAUUGGUAAUAGGUAGAUGAACUCUUUAAAUUAGAAAGUUAUAAUUGAUUAUAAAGGUAACAAUUUUCCGCAAACCGUACAGUUUAAGCAAAAACGGACUGAAAAGUUUUAACCAAAAUUGCUUUUUCGUAUCAAAAUUAUUAUUUCGUAUAAUUGUUUUUGCGGAAUCUUGACACUUAUCGAAAAAAAAGUUCUAAUAUAAGUGGUUUGUUUUUCUAUAAAGAACGAGAGAACGAGAAUGAGAAAACGCGCAAAAAGAUCAAUUAUUGUCUAAAUUAUACGGUUUACAAAAAAUUUUUCGUGUGAAACAUGGUCUUCGAUCAAACUUAUUUUUCGAGUU